AUGAAAAUAAAUUAUUUUAUUUUUUAUUUUUUGUUGUAUUUUUUUUUUUUAAUUGACAAUGCGGAAAGUUAUUAUAUUAAAGAUAUCUCACUAGAAAGCGAAAACUAUAAACAGUUUGCAGGAGGUUCGAAUUGUUCUUUUGAAAUACAAUUUCUAUGUGUUAUUACUGAAGUUGGCGAAAAUUGUGACCAAUUAACAUUUUCAAAUGACCAAAUUAAGAGGAAAUGUUCACAAGAUUUAAAAAACGAUACAGCAGCAGUAUUCACUUGUCAAUUUGCAACUAUAGUUGGGACAAUGACAAAUACAAUUAAUGGAGUUUUUCCUUUAGAUCUUAAAUGCUAUAAUUUAGAUUUAGAUACUGUAGAAUUUAAAAAAAUAAAAACAUUUACCAAUGUUUUGAAACCUUUAAGUUUUACAUUAGUCCCGUUAUGUUAUUUUCAAUUGAUUUUCGAUAACCCAGAUAAAGUACCACUGGAUAGAAUAGUUGGAUCGUGUGUUGAUAUUUAUUGCAUUGUUAAUCACAAUGGAGGGAAUUUUUUUUCCGUUCAACUUGACCAACCUCCUUCAAGUGAUUUUGAUUUUUCGAAAUUAAAUAUUAAAAUUUCAGUCGGUGGAAAUUAUAAGAUUUUCGAUAUUGGGCCAGUAAGUGAAAAUGUAUAUGAUUUUAUUUAUGAUAUUAAAACAUACCCAGAUCAAAAGAAUUUAGAUGAUUUAAAUAUGAUGGGCUAUGAUGCUUUUGCAUUAAUAUCAUUUAAAUCAAACAAUACUAUUUUUAAAGCUCCAUUUUCAGUAGCUUUUGAAGGUGAAUCUAACGGGUUUUAUCAUCCUAUAUAUGGAAAUGAAAAUAGCACAGAAUAUAUAUUUCCAAUGGAAAUUUACAAUGCAAAAGCAGAUUAUGAAAUUUAUUACUUAAAUGGUUUUAAAUUUAAACAAUCAAAUACAACCAUCAUAACAAAUAUCUAUAAUUAUCCAAUUAGGUUUUUACCAAAAGGAGAAUUUGUUUUUAACAGUACAAAUAUUCCAGUGGGAUCACUCCUAAUUUCAGAUACUAGUCUUAAUUUGCAACCAUUAAAAAUUACUGUGGGUGACAUAUCAAGCAUUGUCAAUUAUCCCAUGGGUUACACACUUGGAAAAAAGGAUGGUUAUUCUUUUGAUUUUACUUUUUAUACUAGAGCAAUUUCAUAUGAUUCUUCACUAUCUGUUUCUCCCAUAAUCAAUGGGGCUAUAACGAAAUCCUCAAUCCCAAGAAUAGAGAGCUAUGACAAAUUAAAACUGCCAGAGGUUGGUAGUGUCGAAGCAAUUUUUUUAACCCAAGAUGUAUAUUUAUACAGGAUUAAAGCCAAUAUACCAUAUGGAUUUUCAUAUUUAAAACAAGAGAAUAUUUUUUUUGGUUAUGAAACAUUAGUAUCAGGUAACGAGGCUCAAGGCGAAUAUGAAAUUCCUCUACGUGCAUCAUUACUAUUACCAUUUUAUUUUUAUGAUAUUUAUGGUGGAUCGACAAUUUUUGAUAAUCAAUUUAUAUCGUUAAGUCCAGACUUUCACAUGUUUAUACAUCCUUUAAAUUUAAAAAUUAAUCUCUUUUCAAUAGAAAACAUAUCCUUUUUAUAUAAUGACAUUGAUGUUACAAAUCACAGACAUUAUAAUGUAUUGUACUUUAGUUUAAAUGGAGUCCCAAGAGAUUACAUUUUUUCUAUAAUUGUUGAAGAUUACUUGUAUAAUUCCAAUAUAGAAAAUGAACAAUCUCUUGAUAAAACUCAAAUGUUCCAUUCAACAUAUAAUUACACCAUUCAAAUGUUUCAAAUAGAGUUUUUUGUUGAUGCAAACACUCAAGUGGGUGAUUGGCCAUUCAUAUUUAAUACAGAAUACGUUACUUUACACAGCAAUGUUCUCGAUACUCAGCUAAGAGUUAAAAAAUCAAAUAUGGAUUUACAAGGUCCAGUAUUUAAAGAAAUUAAAAAAACUACAAAUAAUGAAAUCAAUAAUACAAAUAAGUUUGCCGAAAUUGGUUGGACUAUGGCUAUCGAAGACCCAAUUAAUGGCUUUAGAGAUGGUUUUGUAGUUAUCAAAGGUGAAAUAGAUCAAUCAAUAUACAACAUUUCAGUUUCAUUCAAUAAUGUUAAAAAUGGUGGAAAUAAAUUUUUAGGAGAAUAUGAUUUCAAAUUCAAUCUUACAUAUCCAUGUAUUUCUCAACAAUACAUAAUCAGUGAUGUUUUAUUAAUUGAUAGUGUAAAUAGAAAAUCUGAAUUUUCAAUACUUCCUUAUAAUCCAAUCUAUUCAGCAAUAUCAAACCCCUUUUUAUAUUUUUUAAAUGAUACAAAUAUAAAUAAGAUUCAAGUUCAAUGUUCCAAUCAUCCAUCUGCCUCAACUGAUACUACUACUCCAGUGUUAAAAUCAUUCAUCUCAUCAAAAACAACGAUUGAUGUCAGUGAAUUAGAUAGAAGUGUUACAUUUACGUUUGUUGCAGAAGAUUUAGAAAGUGGUCUAAAAGCAAAUCAAUAUCCAAUUGUUUAUCUUACAGAUACAACCUCCAGAUCUAUUGAAUGCAAAUCAAGUAUUAUCGAAAUUACUGAAACCAAUGCAACUUAUUCAUGUACAAUUCAAUUACCAGUUGGAUUUGGCUAUUCUUAUCCAAACAUUAUUCUUCUUUCAGUUUAUGGUUUUGUUAAUAACAAUGGUAUUUUUGGUGGUUUUUCAUCAAAUACUUUAAGCUUGAACCAUACAAGCUCAAUUACAGUAACCUUUUCAUCCGACCAACCUUUAAUAAUACAACAUCAAUUGAUAACUGAAAGAGGAGGCAAUUUAAUAUUAAAUGGUAGAAAGUUCAGUAUUGAUUCCGAAGCAUAUAUUACUUUUAAAGAUGGCUCAGUAUCUAAAAUUAAAACCGAUUUUAUCUCGAGUACAGUUGUUAAAGUUCCAAAUGUCAAAGCAACAAAAGACCAUUAUCAAAUAUAUAUUAAAUCAUCAAAUAUAAAUUCAAAUACAAUUACAGUUACACCAAUAGUUUACGACUAUUAUCUUCAUGGCGAUCCAGAACCAACAUUCCCACCAACAGUCACACCGGUACCAACCAAUAAACCACAACAAUGCAAAGGUAACCCAGCAUGUGGUGGUCCUACAAAUGGAAAAUGUAUCGAUAAUCAAGGAUGUGUUUGUUAUUCACCAUGGGUCGGUAUCGAUUGUCAAUCUCAAAUUGUAAUCGUUGAUCCACCAAUCUUUAAUAACGGAAGCAAUAACUCGACUUCACCAUCAAUCGAUAUUAUUGUUCCAGAUAAAAAUAAUACCAAUGGAAAUAAUAACACAACACCAAUAACCUAUCACUCUUUGAUUUCGAUUGUAUCACUUAGAGAAAUAAAUAUUCAAAAUGAAGUUGUAAACACAAUAACAUUCAAAGAUGAUUGGCUAUCAAAACAAAUUGAUGAUUCAACAAUACUUUUUUAUAAAGAGUUUACAAAAUCAACAACAGAUGCAACUACAAAUAUUACAGUAACUUUGAAAUGGUUCAAAAAUCAAACAACAAUUUCAUUUGCUCAAGAACAAUUAUUAAUGAACCCAUCAACACUUAAAUACACAAUCGAAAUAUCAAACUAUCCAUUCGAAAAAUCACUUAACCACUUAGAACUAAUAAUGUCAGCAUCAAUGCAAUCAAACACAACCGAUGAUAUUUGUUCUGCAAAAGAAUUUGGAGAAACUACAAAUGGUGAUAAUUCAAACUAUUUAAAGAUUCAAGUCGACAACUAUUCAUUAUAUGGUAGAUUUAUCAGAAGAGGUAUUAUCGAUUCAACAAUUAGAACAAUUUCGAAUAUUUUAUUAGAUAAAGAUAUGAAUCCAAUUACAUCAUCAAAAUCAUUACAAUCAUAUAUAGGUAUUCAAAUUCCAUACUAUAAAGAAUCAGCAAUUAUCGACCCUGAUUUUUCAAUUCUCAUCGAUUCAAACAAAGCAUCGUCAAUAUGUUCAAACAAAUCAAAAUUAAGUGGUGCAAAAUUAGCAGGUAUUAUAAUAGGUUGUAUUGCAUUUAUUGCUGUUAUUACCAUCUCCAUUAUAUAUCACACUUUAAAGAAAAGAAAUUCUGAAAAGUUUGAAAAAAAAUUUGGUCAAAAAAUGAAACAAAUGAACAAUUAA